CCAAAACAGCAAGGAAUUGAAUUCACCUUCUCUGCAUUACCGGUUCUACGCCAAAGCAAAGAUCGUCGCCCGCCCACCACGACAACACAACCAGGUCGAACAUAGUAAUCAGCCGCUCACACGUACGGACUAAACAUCUGGGCCUCAAACAGCAAACCUCGGCGAUUCCACUUGCAGGCACGACCGGUGGAGGCGCGUGCGCGAGGACGAAGUCUCAGCACCGCCCAGCACCUGUGCGCUUUUACGACAACGACGAGUCACGCUGCAAUUGUUGGCAAGCCGGGACCGCCCGGAGCACACCGACUCGACGCGCAAAAACAAUCGCCCCGGGAUCCCGCCGUGGGCAGUGGAGCCUCUAUACGACGCGCGCGCGCGGAGAGAGAGAGAAGGGGAGAGAGGGGGUGAGACAAAAAGGCAUCGAAGGGUGGUCGCGUACACAACAAAAACAUGGCGAACCCGCCGAACAACGAGAACAUACAGCCCGCCACGAGGCCAGGUAGCAAUACCGCCGCUAGCGGGCCGGGAGCGGGAGGAGGAGGACCGAACGCGGCGCCGGCGGCGGCCAGCGCGGACCAGCUCGCGGCGUACGAGCAGAGCCGGAAACACCUGAAGCAGAUGCUGAACCGGCAGGCGGAUCUUAAGAAGCAGCUGGCCGCGCACGAAGCAAGCAUUCUGCAGUACGAGACCGAGUACCUCGAGAGCACGCCGAUGGGCAACAUCAUUACGGGAUUCGACAACUACGCCAAGGGCACGUCGAGCAGCGUGGCUGCGCAGCGAAGGCGGACGGGCCUGAUUGAGCAGAACCGCGUGUUCUCCAGGUCGAGCCUGUCGUAUAACCCUCUCAAUCCCGAGGCAUCAGAAGCCAACUCUACGACGUCGACACCAGCCGCCACGGCGGGGACACCGGGGUCUACUUUCAAUGGCGGAGCGACCAAGGACAAGAGCGGGCCGGCGUCCGAGGCCGCGUCAGGGACCGGGGCAUCGACGCCGGCGGGGGAGAGCAGCCACAAGAGGAACGCCAGCAGCAUCGGGGGCGGGAGCAAGAAGUCAAAGAAGAAGUCUGCCGCGGCGACGCCCGUUGCGACGACGGCCGGAGAUGGCGGCGCGGGCGGCGACGAUGACAGCGAGGCCGAUGCGCGGGAGAACAAGAAGGCCCGGGUCAGCAUGGGGGCGCGCAAGUAGCGAGGUCUGUCUGUUUGAAGGCUUCCUGAGCGACAAGAUGAACUCGGCCUCUCCCGUGGAGUACAGAAGAUGCAAUGGCGUUUGGGAGCAAAAAGAAAUAGAUACCCUUUCUUGUUUGGA